AUGAGGCUAACCUUGUAUUUAGUAGUAACCGUCGGGUUAAUGGAAGCAGAGUGUGCUUCCUUGAAAAGUAUUCUUCAAUCCCUUGACGAAGAGCUGCAUUAUCAGUCAAUUCUCCUCUUAGAAAGUGAGCCAGCAAGUGAAUCGUGUUGGAAUCGAAAAUCCUUUCAAGAAAGUGUUCCCACACUAAACUUUAAUGCAAGCCAAAUGUUGUAUCUUAAAGAUAAAUUCCAUUCAAAGAUACUGGCACUUGUUUGCUUGACCAAAAAUGAGGGAAAUACAAUGCUGGCACUGUAUAAAAAUCUGGAAGAUAUGCGCGAUACUCCUACAGUUUUAUUCGUCUUUUCGGAUUACGAAAUUAAGGAUUUGUUAUUGGAGUGUUUUAGCCAAAAUAUGCUGCGUGUGGUGGCUUUUAAAGGCAUUACCACAGACCUCGUCUACAGCUUCAAGGCGUUCCCAAAAUUUCAGUUAAUCAGAAGAAAUAUAACAAAGGUGCGAAGAUACUUUAGGCAUCAACUGGAGGAUCUGGGAGGACAUACGCUAAGGGCACUACCCGACAACAUUAUACCGCGAACCGUGGUUUACAGGAAUUCCGACGGAGACCGCCAGUUGGCCGGGUAUCUCUACCCGUUUAUAAGGAACUACGCGAGCACCAUAAACGCCACUCUCAAAAUCUGCUGGGAUCUGGUGCCCGAAGAUGGGGCAAUCGCUUUGCGGGAAGUUCACAGGCUCUCGGAGGCUCAUGGCGUUGAUUUCCCGCUGGGCAUUCACGGCACAGAGCACUGGUCAACCCCACAAAAUGUUCCCAUGGAGGUCUCCAGCUGGUUUCUGAUGCUACCCAUGGAGCCCUGCAUUCCUAGAUAUCGGUUCUACCUGAAACUGAGUUUCACAUGGCUGAUUCCACUGAUGAUACUGCUGGCUGUGCUGCUCAGCAAUGCCCAUCGCAUUGAGAUGGGGUUGGGUCCCACCUGGCGGUGCUACUGCCUGGGUGAUGAAGUCCUUCGAGGUUUCCUGGCGCUGUCAUUCAUCCUGCCCAGGGGACUCUCUCUCAAGCUGAUGCUCAUCUAUUGGCUGCUCCUGCUGAGUGGUUUCUUCGUGAGCAACUAUUUUACUGCCUUUCUGGAGACCUGGCUGGUGCAUCCGCUUCUGGGUGAUCCGGUCCUAAGCUGGGAGCAAAUGCGCAACCUACAAAUGAAGAUCCAGAUUAUCCCGUCCGAAUUGAAUUCCAUGAGGGAGGCGCUGGGGCAAAGCUUUGUGGAGGAACAUAUGGACUUGCUGGAACUGACCAGCUCAAGGGAAUUCCAAAGCAAUCGGCUGGCCAUGGACCAGUCCUUUGCCUAUCCAGUAACGCAAGCCUUGUGGCCACUCCUCCAACAGGCACAGAGCAGGCUGAUAAAACCCGUCUUCCGUCGAUCCCGGGAGAUGGUCAUCAUACCGUUCUUGAUCAUGGCCAUGCCCCUGCCGAAGAACUCAAUCUACCACCAGUCACUUAAUCGAUACAGGGGUCUCACUCAGCAGAGCGGACUUUACGAGUUCUGGUUCAGGCGGAGCUUUAACGAGCUAAUUGCGCUGCGUAAAAUCCACUACAAAAUAGAUGCGAACCACGACGCUGUUCAUGAAUUAAAGUUGAAGGACUUUUACUUUGUUUGGCUUGCCUUCCUGGUGGGAACUAUCAUAAGUUUCCUGGUGUUUCUUGGCGAGAUUAUGUACUACAAGUUGCACUUGAGAAGGACAAACAACUGAAUUCAUCCAAUCUUAUAGCUUUAAGCAACUGGAGGCUCUUGGUAUAAUCUCGUACAAAGUAGAUAUGGAUGUUGAGG